ACGCAUUGCCUUCUUCUUCAUCAUCAUCAAAGAGAAGCUGCAAAGGAACCACGAUCUUAGAGUUCUAGAUAACGACGCAUUGUACAAAGCUUGGUCUUCCUCUGAUACCCUUUUGCCUGUUUACUGUCUUGAUCCUCGUCUCUUUCACACUACUCACUUCUUCUCCUUCCCUAAAACAGGAGCUUUGAGAGGUGCGUUUCUUAUGGAAUGUUUGGCUGAUUUGAGAAAGAACCUGAUGAGAAGAGGAUUGAAUCUUCUUAUCCGGAGUGGUAAACCAGAAGACAUUCUUCCUUCUCUUGCCAAAGACUUUGGAGCUCAUACAGUGUUUGCUCAUGAAGAAACGUGCAGCGAGGAGCUACAUGUUGAGAGACUUGUGGAUAAGGCUUUGAAACGGGUUGGGAAUGGCACUAAGCUUGAGCUUAUUUGGGGAAGCACAAUGUACCACAAAGAUGAUCUUCCUUUUGAUGUUCUUGAUUUGCCUGAUAUCUACACUCAGUUUCGUAAGUCAGUGGAAGCGAACUGUAGGAUCAGAAGCUCCACUCGCAUUCCAGUUUCGAUAGGGCCAACACCUUGUGUUGAUAACUGGGGAGAUGUUCCAACUCUUGGUCAACUUGGACUUGAGCCACAAGAGGUGACCAGAGGAAUGAGAUUUGUGGGUGGUGAAAGCGCAGGACUAGGCAGAGUUUUUGAGUACUUUUGGAAGAAGGAUCUUUUGAAAGUGUACAAAGAGACGAGGAACGGCAUGUUAGGACCCGAUUACUCGACUAAAUUCUCUCCAUGGCUUGCUUUGGAUGUAUCUCUCCUCGGUUUAUCUAUGAAGAGGUUCAAAGAUAUGAAAGAGAAAGAAUAGCAAACAACUCAACAUACUGGGUGUUGUUUGAAUUACUAUGGAGGGAUUACUUUAGGUUUCUUUCAAUCAAAUGCGGCAACUCCUUAUUCCAUCUAGGUGGUCCAAGAGAUGUGCAAGGGGAAUGGAGUCAAGAUAAGAGGCUGUUUGAGUCUUGGAGAGAUGGCAAGACCGGGUAUCCUCUUAUAGAUGCAAACAUGAAGGAGUUAUC